GAUGCUCCUUCAUGACUUUUCACUGUCUAAUUGGUAUCGUGAAGACUCUGAACCAUUUCCAUCUGGAUUCAGGUUUAUGCUGUUCACAAUCUGCAAAGCUAUCAGUUUAAAGCACUAGUUUCAGUUUCAACCAGUUUGGUGUGAGGGCAGCAGUGAUCACCAAGAACAUCCUGAUGUCUGAGGUCAUCGCUUCUGCGGUCGUCGGUGAGGCUGUGAGCAGGAUCUCCACCUUCCUCAUCGACAAUCAUAACCGCAAAUCAAGCGAGGAAGAUGGCCUGGAGAGGCUGGAGAUGGCACACAUCAAGAUGGAGGCCGCCCUGGAAGUGUCCAGCAGGUGGCCUUUGGCCAUGGAUUCCUCGCUUAUGCGUUGGAGGAAGAAGCUGAAGCGAGCCUCCGACGAGUGCAGCCAUGUCAUGGACAGAUGCAAGCGCCGCGCCAUGGAAGACGAUGAGACGGAGAAGAUCAGUCGGUGCUCUUUCCCCAAACGGAUCGCCCUUGCCACAAGAUCAUUCCUCUCCUCCUUCGCCGCUGACAAGAAUGUUGAUAGCCUGAACUCCACUUCAACCAUUCAGAGGUUUGAAAGGUUCGCCGAUGGCGCCGGCGAGUUCCUGAAAUUCAUGGAGUUUGGCAGAAUAGGCAGCAUCAACUACAUGCUCGUUGAUCCUCUCACUGGGCAUCUCCUCGCAGGCAAAGCACUGCAGUAUGAAAGUUCUCAUGGAAAUCAGUACUACCUAAUAUCAAAGCCAAUGAGUUUCGCAGAACGAGGGCAAGAAGCCGGUGUGUUGCUUCGCUACAACAACCAUGAGAGGCCAGAGGAGAACUUUGUUCUUGGAAUUCUUCUACGUUUGACAGCAAGCACGAACGUGACUGGGAUUGUGGCCAGGUGCUUGGAUUCACUUCUCCCUAGUUUCAAGCCGGUCGCUGAAGCUGCAAAGCAGGAGCUCACUCAGGUUCACCACCGAGCCUUCUACUGCUUCCCCUUUGUGGAUUCUACUGAUCCAGAGUACUGGAGCAUCCACCAUUCCGAGACUCACCGUGCUCGUCCAAAUCCGGCAUGCUGCCAUGGCCAGAGCAGAAGCAGUGACAUGGUUGAGCUGUCAGGGACGACGACAUUCCCGGAGCAGGUGAUCAAACUGUUCGUGCAGCGGCAUGUCUCGGCGCGACCAUCAUCAUCUGGUCACGGCGGCGACGGCGAGAGGAGGAGAUCCUCUGAAGAUUCCGGGCCGCCGCCUCUGCUGCAGGUGACGGCCAUCUUCGCGCCGCACGCCUCGCCGGAGGAGCUGCCGCCGUCAGGAUCCGAGAGCGCCGCGGUCGUGGCGAUCGAUGGGAGGGAGGAGCCAGCCGUGCGAACGGACAUCGGAUUGCGCGAGGUGGAUGAGUUUCUUCUGCCUGGCGCCAUCGAUCGCCUGUGCCACUGCCACGACGUCCAUGGCACGGUGGAUGGAUCGUCGGCGGCGGCGGCGUACGAGGUGUUCUGGAGGUCGGGACAUGGCGUCGCCUACCUGUGCGUGGAGAAGAUGGGCACGGAGAUGGCAAGGUGCAGGCCGACUCAAUGGCGGGAGUAAAGGUAGAGACGACGGUGGCGCUCGCCUCUUCUGCUAAUAUGUGGUGACUGACAUGUGGGCCAGUCAGAGAAACAUGGUGCUUGACAUGUAGGGUUUCAUGUUAGAGGAUUUGCUUCCUGUCCACCCACAACAUGGAAAAUAUACAGUGAAAAUUUACUGUUGGAUCUAAAAAUAGAUGUAUAGUAAUAUUUUUCCACGUCAUAACUGUGAGUAAAAUUACAGCUGAAUUUGCCAUGGUUUUUGCGGUGA